AUGGACACGAUGGGCAAUGCGAUGGCAUUGCUUAUGUCCGCUUACGGCUACAAUGAGGAUGAGGCGGCGAACAUCCUUAAGCGAGAGAUCUUAGAGAUCGAAGAGCGAACGCUCGAAGAAUUUCGUGCCUGGCAAAGCUCUAGCUUGACUAAAUCUCCUAGUCUAGUAGGAUAUGUCUUCACAGUCAUGACAUCGGCUGGAGGAUUUAACCAUUGGAUGUCCCACUCGGAGCGAUAUUUUCGCUCAAAGUUCACGACAACCGCCGAAGAUCGUGCCAGGCUUGUCAAAAAUCCAGAUUCUGGUCUCAGGCGCCUUCAGGGCUAUCCAGCAGCGCUCGCAUUGAACGGCCACAUUACAUCAACGUUGGAGCUAGACGCUGUGCCUGAAAGCCAUGUUCUUGAUUUUGAUAGUAGCUCAACGAGCAUGACCACGGCAGGUUCUCAGGUCUCAUUUCGUGGUCGUGGAUCCUCGCGUGUGGAAAUCGGUAUUGCCGACAAGUUCCAGAAAGCAGAUGCAGUAAAUGUUUGUUACAUGAUGGAUGAAUUCGAGGCUACAAUGGGGCCAAAUCCUUUGCUGAGGGCACUGCUUCUAUUCUUGAAGAUCUGA